CUCUGUUUUCCUUCCGUUUUAUACUCAACACGUUUUAUUAUUUGUAUUUUAACCAUGCCAUUAUGGGGGGCAUCUCGAAGAUUUCGCGAAGAGGAUGAUGCACCAAUUACUCUGGGCCAGGUUAUGGAUGAUAAUUUCGCCUGCAUGAGUCGAAUGGCGAAGAGCAUGUGCCUGACUCUGGGCAGGCCAAAGGAUCGCUUGAUAUGUCGCAACACACUGGAGGAGUUGGCCAAGUUCAAUAAAUCAGAGUCCAUUCAAGUGAAGCAGAACGUGCGCAAGUUUAUGAGAUUCUAUUUGCAGGUGCUGCGCUGGACACAGACGCAUCAGCCCUCCAAAAUUUAUGAGAAAUGGUAUGGGGAUGCCUGCAAUGGUAGAAGCGAUCGACCAACGGGUGCAGAUAAAGACGAAACGUACAUUUGGCUCGAGGAAGGUCGCUCUUAUUUGGCCAUGAAACAGUUUGAGGAUGGCUCGACCAUGAUCUACUCGGCAGUGGCCAAGGAUCCCGGCGCCGGAUGGGUUGAUAACGGCAUUAAAACAUUGGCUUCACAAGUCGGCAACUAAUCAAUUAAUUAACAAACUAUUGUCUAUAUAUAUUUCGAAUUGUAAAAUGCACAAAUGAUGUUUGCGAGAUUCGGUGUAUAGGUUUUUUUAGCUUAAAAUUAAAUACAAAAUGUGGACGGAA